GCAGGACUGGGCCUAGCUACUGCAGCUGACAUGUCCCGGGAAGACAUUGAUCCACCAGAAAGAUGUUUCUGUUACUGAGGAAGUAAGCCCAGAGACAGUGACUAUAGGACCUUGUCCCAGUCUACAAACAUGCCUUGUCUGUAUGGUGAAAGACCCACUCCACUCUGAAGCUGUAAAGCCGUAAAUGAAAUGGCAGUGGAGCAGGAUUUGUGACGAAUUGUAUGACCCGCUGACAAAACAACAGCUUGCAGACUUGUGUCUGAGGAUUGUUCAGUUUUUAUCAGACAAAUUGAUGGAGAUAAUCACCCCAGGGCUUAACAUACUACUGAGCAUACAGCAUUCCUCCACAUCUUCCAGCUCAGCGUCAGACACCUGCUUGAAUGAUGACCAUACUAAUGCUGAGCUGGGGCUUCCAGAACAGCGAGGCUGUCGAAUGCUUUCUGCUAGCUCUCGAAACACGACUCUCUACAAUUCAUCCCGCAGCAUGGAGCAAGAGGAGGAAAAAGAGUGUGAAUUUAAACUUUUGAAGAGUGAGAGUGAUUCCCUGCCUAAGGAGGUACACAGACCAGCCAGUGGUGGAAGCUACAUUCCCGUGACGGCUGUAAGCUCUCAAACCUCUCUGUCUGAGGAGCAGAAAAAGGAAACCGAUUCUGAGUGUCUCCACAUCACUCUCUCGGAGGACACACUCAUCAGCUUUGUGCAGGACAGCCUUGAACACUCCCUCUCCAAACUGAUACGCAUGUCUGAUUCUUCAACCAGAAGCUCUGACUCUACAAAGAUAACCCCUGCUGUCAUGGAAGAGGUGGUUGAAGAUGUCAAGUUGGCUGUGUCUGUGGCUCUUAGGAAUGUCUCCACAAGUCAAACCUCUCGAGUGACACCUGGAAGAAGCAGAGACUCACAGACCAAGAGGUCGAGUUUAACAGGGCAAAUUAUGACGACAAUCUCUGACACAAUUAUGUUUUUUAUUGAUGAGACUGAACAGGGAUUGCUAAAGGAUCUGACCAAGAAGAUCAAGUUUCUUGCAUCGCAAAGUGGCUUCACUGACGAUUUUGAUGCCCUGAUAAAGAAAUAUGAGAACAUCCACAAAAACAUCGAAGCUGGUUCCUCCUGCAACCUCACAUCUAACAGCAUCCAAAAACUAUCUAGCCUGGGGUUCCAAAUGUCAGCAAUAGAAGCAGUGAGUGGAGUUAUUGACAGAAAUGUCAGUAGUUUGACAUUUCUUAGUUCAGUUGUUCAGUCUGAGUUAACCAACUAUGAUCCAAAGUCAGAGUCGGCUCUAUCCAUUGUCCGAUCAAUUCACCCUGGGAGCUCCACAGCAUCAGUAGUUGUUCAGGCUUUUGUGACAGAUAUGAAGUCUUUGGCCAGCUCUAAAGAGAGUCUGCCAGAAAUGAAUGUCUGGUCUGCUGCAGUUCACACCUAUCAUAGGAUCCAAAACCACUUGAGGGAUUAUUUCAACAAGCUUCAACCAUUUGCCCCAUUUGUCCCAUCUAAGGAGAACAACACACAUGCUGAACGUAAGGAGACAGUGCGUCUACCAGGCCUGGACAAGAAAUAUGGGCCUAGCAAGAGUGAGCCUCAGUUCCCAGAGUCUAAUGUUGAGAUUACUCUACGAAGGGCCCUAAGUGAGAACUCUAAACUUCUUUGGACACAUACUGACUCAGAGGAAGACAAGCUCCUUCUAACAACUUGCACCAAAGAAGUUAUCUCUGAGCUUUUGGUCUUGUACAACAGUGAGGUGUCAAACGAGGACCACCUCUCAACUACUGGGCAAAGAGGAUCAGAUGCUUCUAUUGAGAGACAACAAUUUGUAGAGGAUGUUUUGAAUCAGCUUGGGGAUCUAUCCCAUUCCAGGAAAUCAUCCCUUUGUGGUUUCCCCUCUCAAAUUAAAGACAAUAUCGACAGUAAAGCCACAACCUCGUUGACCAGUCUGUCUGAUUGCUUCCAAAAACUCUCCAGCUGGGAAUUUCAAGCAUCAGCAAUAGAAGCAGUGAGUGGAGUUCUUGCCAAAAAAGUCAGUUGUUUGAGCUUUCCAAGGUCAUCAAAUCACUCUGAGUUUACAGACACUGUAUCAACUAAAACAAUACCUUGCAUUGAGAAAACAGAGCCUGGUCUAUCUAUUGUCCAGUCAGUUUACCCCAUGGGCUCGGCAGCGUCUGUCAUUGUUAAUGCUUUUGUGACAGAUAUGAAGUCCCUGGUUGAAUCUGCAGAAAGUUCCCCCACAAAAAGUGUCUGGUCUACUGCAGUUCACACCUACCAUAGGAUCCAAAACCACUUGAGGGAUUAUUUCAACAAGCUUCAACCAUUUGCCCCAAAAAAUAUGGUCCCAUCUGUGGAGAAUGCUGAACGUAAGGAGACAGUGUCUCUACCAGGCCUGGACAAGAAAUAUAGGCCUAGCAAGAGUGAGCCUCAGUUCCCAGAGUAUAAUGUUGAGAUUACUCUACGAAGGGGCCUAAGUGAGAACUCUAAACUUAUUUUUGCACAAACUGACUCAGAGGAAGACAAGCUCCUUCUAACAACUUGCACCAAAGAAGUUCUCUCUGAGCUUUUGGUCUUGUACAACAGUGAGGUGUCAAACGAGGAACACCUCUCAACUACUGGGCAAAGAGGAUCAGAUGUUUCUAUUGUGAGACAACAAUUUGUAGAGGAUGUUAUGACCCAGCUUGGGAAUAUAUCCCAUUCCAGGGAACCAUCACUUUGUGAGGUCUAUAAGGCCACAGCCGACUCAACUAGUGUGUCAGAUUGCGUGAAAAAACUCUCAACUGAGAAGUUCAAUACAAAUGCCUCUGAUGCAGUGAGUGAGUUUCUAGUUAAUAAGUCCACCAGUAGCUCAUCUAGUCCUCAGCCUGCUUCUUCUGUAAAGGCAUCCAGGUCUAGUUCUAUUCUAAACCAGAGCCCCCUGCCAAGUGACAACUAUGCAGAUUCUGCUGCCUUUGGCAUCAUUGAAACAUUUGUGGAGAACCUGCAGAACUUGGCACAAACCCCACAGACAGAGUGUAGAGGCUCUGACCGAUUGGACAAUGCACAGAAGCUACAGGGCAGGAUCUGGUCUGCUAUCACUAGUUCAUAUAACAACCUCAAGAACAGCAUAAAGUGCUUCAGCAUUUGCCAUAAGAGGUCAGACAUGCAGAGCAGAAUCUCCAGCCAUUCAGCCAUAGAUGCCACUGAACAUCUUGGGGAGAACCUUUUUAUGCCAAGCCAUGGGCUGAGACAAGCUAGUAUGCCUCACCUAAUCAGUUUGAGUCGAAAUAUUGCUCUACACAGGGGUGCUAGCGAGAGUUCAAAACUUAUUUGGACUGAAACCGAUAAUGCUUCUCAUGAAAAUAGUCACAAAGAGGAUAUUUCAACUACCUUGACCUCAUCUGACAAUCAGACAUCAAAUGAAGCACACAAUAUAGGGAGAACGAAACCAUCUGAUGUCAACAAGCUUGUAAAUUCUGUUCUGUCUCAGUUGAAGGAUAUCUCCUUAUCGAGGUCCAUAGACAUGUUUGAAUAUUCCCAAGAUCCUCUGAAGCAAACCCCUCUGGUUAGUCCAGAAGGUGUUCAAUCUUCCCACAAUCUUUCAGCAAAGAGCCUUCAGAAACUCUCUAGUCAUGAGUUCCAAGCCAAAGCUGAGCAAAGAGUGAGAUAUAUUCUCUCUAGAUCAUUUAAGCUUAUGGAGGAAGGCAAAACAGAUACACACCUCCAAUCUGUAUCUAGACCCACCAUCUCUACUGAUAUAAUCCAAAACAUGGUGAAAGACCUGCAGGAGCUAAUCCAGCCCAGUAAAUCAGUGGAUAUGGUAUCAGGCACCUCCCUGCUCACAGCUGAGAAAAAAAUCUGGUCCGUAGCUCUUAAUAUCUACAACAGUCUGCAAAGUCAGAUUGACGAAUAUCUCAUGAAAGAUCUGCGAAGAUCAAAUACGACACUCAGUUCGAUGCAUAUCUGUCCGCGUCAAAGCAGACCUGCGACGCAAAGCACCAGUCUCUGUCAACACAGAAGAGUCACACCCGUCGGAAAAGAAAAGGCCUCCGUGACCACUGAGCUCUUGGGAUCCGUGCUGGAGGAUAUGGACAGCCAAAAGGCACGAAACAGCUUUUCUUCACACUCCAUCUCACCAACACCUAUUUCCACAUCAAGCCAGUCCGAAUGGGACUUCUCCUUACCCGGUGCUCCUAUAGAUACGGAGUUACCUGCUCAGAGUUCCGGUCCAAUUGUAAGAAACACCAUCAUUGAGGACUUGUUUUGCACAGAGGAUUUGCUCCCCCCACACUUUGUGGACAAAGUCAGACAAGCUGCUGGGGUCGUAGUGGACAGGAUGGUGGGAGGUGUUAAGAACACCCAGGGAUAUGUCCAUGUUGCUUCUCAUCCUGACGCCCUACGAUCUGCUGUUCAGAAAUGGAGAAGAAUAAUUUCCACUGGGACUAUAAACGUUUUUACAUAUGAAUUUGUGUGUGAGGUUAUAGCUAUUCAAGACAGCGACAGUACUCCACAUGUACUCCUAACACUGAUGCCAGCCAGAAGUGCUUCUGACUCCAUCCUUUUAAGUCUCAGAUGGGGAAAGGAACAGUGCUUAUCCAGGAAGCUCUCCUAUCAUCUCCUCCAUAUAUUUGCUGAAGAGUCAGCGAGGGGCUUCCUAAAACAGUGGUUAGAUGCAUAUGAAGAUGUUGACCUCAAUGUCUCACUCCAAAAUGAACCAAGCAACUUAACCUGCAUGAUCAUUCCUAUUCAGCUCAAUCAAAGCAGGCGAAAGGAUAGUGACACAAUGAAUGAGCUCAUUGAAAUUAUGGUUGACCGAAUGAUGGACGCCAUCUCGGCUGGCUCAAAUCCUCAAAUCACCAAAGGCACUGCGAAAUGUUCCUUGGAGUCCGGGGCUAGCAUAGCUAUCAGUGACUGUCUCAGCUUGUUGUUGGAUAUGAUGAAGGAUGACCGCAGCAAUACUGGACAGCAGAGACCUAAAUUCAAGGCCCAGAAGACCAAAGCCAGGUUGAACCUUCUUCCUAAGUUUUCAAAGUGCACCUUUAACUCAAAGGUUUCCAAGAAAGUAGAACAGGACAUCUGUCCUAAAGAGCCUUUGUGUCUGCCUCAGAACCUUUCCCACAUUGUGUACUUUACAGAGACCAUGACACCAGAGAGGGAAGAUAUUGCAUCUUCUAUUCCAGAUGAAAAGAGGGGUCGUAAACCCUGACUUAAUCAGAAUCUGUAGUGUUGUAAACCGGCCUUUUAAUUAGAAUCUGUGGAGGUAUUACU